AUGGCCGCGCUCCGCCUCGCCUCCUUCACCCUCCGCCCCGCCGCCGCCGCGGCAUCCGCCUCCUCCGGCGCGACCCCCGCGGCGCCCCGGUCCGCCUCCUUCGCCCGCGUGGCGCGGGGGCUCCCCUCUCUCCGCCUGGCCCCGCCCCGCCGCCGCGGGGACCUCGUCAAGCCCCGCGCGGCCGAAGCCGCGGCGGAGAGCUACGCGUCCGCGCUGUCGGAGGUGGCCGUCGAGAACGGCACCCUCGAGCAGACGGUCUCCGACCUGGAGAAGCUGGAGAAGAUCUUCGCCGACGAGACCGUCGCCGAGUUCUUCGACAACCCCACCGUCCCGCGCGAGGAGAAGACCCAGCUCAUCGACGAGAUCGCCAAGUCGUACGAGCUGCAGCCGCACGUCGUUAACUUCCUCAACGUCGUCGUCGACAACUUCCGCGCGACGAUCGUGCCGCAGAUCGUCGUCGAGUUCGAGAACGUCUACAACUCGCUCACGGGCACCGAGGUCGCAACCGUCACCUCCGUCGUGCAGCUCGAGUCGCAGGACCUCGCGCAGAUCGCGCAGCACGUCCAGAAGAUGACCGGCGCCAAGAACGUCCGCGUAAAGACACAGCUCGACCCGGAGCUCAUCGCCGGCUUCACCGUGCAGUACGGCCGCGACGGCUCCAACUUAAUCGACAUGAGCGUCCGGAAGCAGAUCGACGAGAUCACGUCCGAGUUCGAGUUGCCCGACGUCCCGCUCGGAGUCUGA